GAGCAGGUGGAGUACGUUUUCCUCAUCAUCUUCACGGUGGAGACCUUCCUGAAGAUCAUCGCCUACGGGCUGGUCCUGCACCCCAGCGCCUACAUCCGCAACGGCUGGAACCUCCUCGACUUCGUCAUCGUCAUCGUGGGGCUUUUCAGCGUCAUCCUGGAGCAGGCGUCCCACAAGCCGGGGGAGGCCCAUCACAUGAGCGGGAAACCUGGGGGGUUCGACGUCAAAGCCCUUCGCGCCUUCCGCGUCCUCCGGCCCCUCCGCCUCGUCUCCGGCGUCCCCAGCCUUCACAUCGUCUCCAUCAUGAAGGGCACGGUGCUGCUGCUGCUCAUCACCCUCCUCAUCAUUUCCCCCAAAUUUCACCAAUUUCUCCCCCCCUCCAGGCGCCAGUUGCGCCGCCUGAACCGCCUGUGGCGCCGGCGCUGCCGGGCAGCGGUGAAAUCUGUCUCCUUCUACUGGACUGUUCUUCUCCUCGUCUUCCUCAACACCCUCACCAUCGCCUCCGAGCACCACGGGCAGCCCCCCUGGCUCACCCAGACACAAGCGUACGCCAACAAGGCGCUGCUGUCGCUGUUUGCGGCGGAGAUGCUGCUGAAGCUGUACGCCCUGGGCCCCCCCGUCUACUUCAGCAGCUUCUUCAACCGCUUCGACUGCUUCGUGGUGUGCGGGGGGGUGCUGGAGACGGCGCUGGUGGAGCGGGGCUGCAUGGAGCCCCUCGGCAUCUCCGUCCUGCGCUGCGUCCGCCUGCUCCGCGUCUUCAAGGUCACGCGGCACUGGGCGUCGCUGAGCAACCUGGUGGGGUCCCUGCUGAACUCCAUGAAGUCCAUCGCCUCCCUCCUACUCCUCCUCUUCCUCUUCAUCAUCAUCUUCGCCCUCCUGGGGAUGCAGCUCUUCGGGGGCAAGUUCAGCUUCGACGAGACCCAGACCAAGCGCAGCACCUUUGACACCUUCCCGCAGGCCCUGCUCACCGUCUUCCAGAUCUUGACUGGGGAGGACUGGAACGCGGUGAUGUAUGAUGGGAUCAUGGCCUAUGGCGGCCCUGUCUUCCCGGGGAUGCUGGUCUGCGUCUACUUCGUCAUCCUCUUCAUCUGCGGGAACUACAUCCUCCUCAACGUCUUCUUGGCCAUCGCCGUCGACAACUUGGCCGAUGGUGGUACUGGGGGAUACUGGGAGGCCCACCAGAUGACGGCGUUCGGUGCUUUCCUGCACAAAGGCUCCUUCUGCCGCAACUGGUUCAACCUCCUGGACCUGCUGGUGGUCGGCGUCUCCCUCAUCUCCUUCGGCAUCCACUCCAGCGCCAUCUCGGUGGUGAAGAUCCUGCGGGUGCUGCGGGUGCUACGGCCGCUGCGCGCCAUCAACCGGGCCAAGGGCCUCAAGCACGUGGUUCAGUGCGUCUUCGUCGCCAUCCGCACCAUCGGCAACAUCAUGAUCGUGACGACGCUGCUCCAGUUCAUGUUCGCCUGCAUCGGGGUCCAGCUCUUCAAGGGCAAGUUCUACAGCUGCACCGACGAGGCCAAGCACACGCCAGGGGAGUGCAAGGGCACCUUCCUGGUGUACAAGGACGGGGACGUGUCGCACCCCUCGGUGCGGGAGCGCCUGUGGCACAACAGCGACUUCAACUUCGACAACGUCUUGGCCGGGAUGAUGGCGCUCUUCACCGUCUCCACCUUCGAGGGGUGGCCCGCGCUGCUGUACAAAGCCAUCGACGCCAACGCGGAGGAUCAGGGCCCCAUCUAUAAUUACCGGGUGGAGAUCUCCAUCUUCUUCAUCGUCUACAUCAUCGUCAUCGCCUUCUUCAUGAUGAACAUCUUCGUGGGCUUUGUCAUCAUCACCUUCCGGGCCCAGGGGGAGAGCGAGUACCGCAACUGCGAGCUGGACAAGAACCAGCGGCAGUGCGUGGAGUACGCGCUGAAGGCGCAGCCGCUGCGCAGGUACAUCCCCAAGAACCGGACCCAGUACCGCGUCUGGGCCAUGGUCAACUCCACCGCCUUUGAGUACAUCAUGUUCGUCCUCAUCCUCCUCAACACCAUCGCCCUGGCCGUGCAGCACUAUGAGCAGUCCAAGCCCUUCAACUACGUGAUGGACCUGCUCAACAUGGUCUUCACCGGGCUCUUCACCGUGGAGAUGGUGCUCAAGAUCAUCGCCUUCAAGCCACGGACCUUCGGGAAGGUGGCGCUGCAGGACGGGACUCAGAUCAACCGCAACAACAACUUCCAGACCUUCCCCCAGGCCGUGCUGCUGCUCUUCAGGUGCGCCACAGGGGAGGCCUGGCAGGAGAUCAUGCUGGCCAGCCUGCCCGGGAAACGCUGCGACCCCGAGUCGGAUGCGGAGCCAGGGGAGGAAUUCACCUGCGGCAGCAACUUCGCCAUCGUCUACUUCAUCAGCUUCUUCAUGCUCUGCGCCUUCCUGGUGAGCCCCACGGCGCUGCCCCACGGCGGGGUGGGGGGGUGUCAUCCCUAUGUCCCCUUUCCCCUCAAUUCCCUGCUGUGGUGGCCACCAGGCAACUUGGACGUGGCCAACAAGGAGCUGCGGGCAGUCAUCAAGAAGAUCUGGAAGAGGACGAAGCCCAAGCUGCUGGAUGAGGUCAUUCCCCCCCCAGAGGAGGAGGAGGUCACCGUGGGCAAGUUCUACGCCACCUUCCUCAUCCAGGACUAUUUCCGCAAGUUCCGGCGGCGGAAGGAGCGGGGGAUGUUGGGCCCCAACGCCGGGCCCAGCAACGAGUGUGCGCUGCAGGCCGGGCUGCAGACGCUGCAGGCGCUGGGCCCCGAGAUGCGGCGGGCGCUGAGCUGCGACCUGGAGGGGGGGGAGGAGGAGGAGGGUCCCGACGCCCCCCCCCAGGAGGAAGAACACCUCACCUAUGCCCCCUCCUUCACCAUCCAGUGCCUGCGGCGCCAGGGCAGCUGCGAGGACGAGCCCAUCCCCGGCACCUACACCCCCUCGGGACCCGCCCGGCCCCAGGGCUACAGCAGCUCCGACACCUGGCGCCUGGGGGGCUCCACGCAGGCCUGGGCCAGCGCCCCCCCCCGCGGCCACGUUCUCUACGCCCCCCUGAUCCUGGUGGAGGGGGGUCCUCCCCCAGCAGCAGCGGCCGGAGGGAGCGGCGGCGGCGGGAGCCUCCCCCCGCUCUCCCGCUGGUUCCUGGGGGAGCGCGGCCCCCCCGGCUCCCUCCACCUGCGGCCCUGCGAGGGGCUGGCCCGCGGCUCGGCCGACAGCCUGGUGGAAGCGGUGCUGAUCUCGGAAGGGCUGGGUCUGUUCGCCCGCGACCCCAAAUUUGUGGCGGUGGCCAAGCGGGAGAUCGCCGACGCCUGCGACAUGACGAUGGACGAGAUGGAGAGCGCGGCCGCCGACCUGCUCACCCGCCGGCGCCACCGCGGGCACGGACCCAGCCCCGGCCCCGGCCCCGCUCCCUCCUUCUCCUCCGCAGCCGCCAUUUACAGCGACGAGGAGCCGCUGCGGCCGCCGGCGGAGGAGGAGCUGGCGGAUGAGAUGGUGUGUGUGGGGGGCGGGGUCUGAGGGGGAAAAAAUCAAUAAAAGUAGGUUUGGGAUUUCGUUUUUUCAUCAAGAAGAGGUGUG